GAAUUUAGAUGGACAAAACAGCAUCUCAACUCAGUCACGACUCACGACGCUUAGUAUCCCCAGUUCUUAUGGCCGAAGUUCAUUUCUAGUCUACUUUAUCGUUGAGAAAUGGAACUGCACGAUCUGAAAUCCAUUGCAGUCUCCAUAGUUUUGGUUACAGUGGUAACAUGGGCAUGGAGUGUUCUGAACGGGGUCUGGUUUAGGCCGAAGAAACUGGAGAGAUAUCUGAGACAGCAAGGUCUUAAAGGCAGACCUUACAGGUUUAUGUAUGGAGACUUCAAAGAGAACGCCAUGAUGUUAACAGAAGCUAAAUCCAAACCCCUCAGCCUCUCCGAUGACAUUUCACCGCGAGUUCUUCCAUUCCCCUAUAAACUGGUCAAAGAUUAUGGCAAGAAUUCUUUUAUGUGGUAUGGACCAGUACCCAGGGUGACCAUCAUGGAUCCUGAUCAAACCAAAGAAAUAUAUACCAGGAUCCAUGAUUUCCCGAAAAUCAAUACCCUGAGUCCAGUUUCCACGUUGCUGGGAACUGGACUUGUAAACUAUAGUGGUGAGAAGUGGACUAAACAUAGAAGGAUUAUCAACCCAGCUUUCCAUCUUGACAAGUUGAAGCUGAUGUUACCAGAAUUCUAUAAAGUUUGCAGUGAGAUGAUUAGCAAAUGGGAGAAGUUGGCUUCUAAAGAAGGAUCCUGUGAACUGGAUGUUUGGCCUUAUCUUGUAAAUUUGACAGGUGAUGUGAUUUCUCAAACAGCAUUUGGAAGCAAUUUUGAAGAUGGUAGGAGGAUAUUCCAACUCCAAACAGAACUAGCUGACCUCACAGUACAAGUUCUAAGUUCCUCUUACAUUCCAGGAUCCAGGUUUUUGCCUAGUAAGACCUAUAAGAAAAUGAAGGAAUUAGAAAAGGAAAUACGAGGUUUACUUAUGGGUAUAAUUAAGAACAGAGAGAAGGCGAUGAAGGCAGGUGAAGCUGCAAAGAAUGAUUUAUUAGGCAUACUUAUGGAGUCCAAUUUCAAAGAAAUUGAAGAAAAUGGAAACAACAAAAAUGUUGGAAUGACUAUCAAUGAUGUGAUUGAAGAAUGCAAGCUGUUUUACUUUGCUGGGCAAGAGACCACCUCGGUUUUGCUUGCUUGGACAUUGGUUUUGUUGAGUAAGCAUCAGAAUUGGCAAGCUCGUGCCAGAGAAGAGGUUAUUCAAGUCUUUGAAGAUAACAACAACCCUAGCUAUGAUGAGUUGAAUCACUUAAAAGUUGUGACAAUGAUAUUGUACGAAGUACUAAGGCUAUAUCCACCUGCAGUCAUGACUCCUAGGGCUGUUAACCAGGAAACAAAACUUGGAAACUUAUCAUUACCGGCUGGUGUGGAGGUUGCCUUGCCAAUUCUCCUCAUUCACCAUGAUCACGAACUUUGGGGUGAAGAUGCAUUGGAGUUUAAACCAGAGAGGUUUUCAGAGGGGAUUUCAAAGGCAACAAAGAAUCAAGUUACAUUUAUCCCUUUUGGAUGGGGUCCUCGGAUAUGCAUCGGACAAAACUUUGCGCUGAUGGAGGCAAAAAUGGCUUUGGCAUUGAUUCUGAAAAACUUCACAUUUGAGUUAUCUCCAUCCUAUGUUCAUGCUCCUAAUAAAAUUUUAACUGUGCAUCCAGAACAUGGUGUCCAGUUGAUUUUGAAGAAACUAUAGAGCGAAAAAACUCAGUUAUUGUUAAAUAAAAUUGACCAAACUCGUGGAACAUUAUAUAUGAUACUCUUGUACCAAUUAAGGCUGCUCAAUGUUAGUUUUUUCGUAGAGACAUCCUGCAACUUACAUCAAAUUCCAGCUUGAGGCUGGCUGUUACAGUUAACAGAGAAGAGUGAGCUGAAAUCUGUCGCAGUCUAUUGAAUAAUAAUUUACUUUUAAGUGUGCAA